AUGGAAACUUCAGUAUCGCAUCUUUGGAGUAGAUUUACCAGGCACGAAGAUUUACGUAUAGUUAUGAUUGGGCUUGAUGGCGCAGGGAAAACAACGAUUUUUUAUAAAUUAAAGAUUGGAGAAACUUUAGUAUUAGUCUCAACAAAUGGGCCCAAUGAGGAAAAUCUUAGAUAUAAAAAUAUAAUCUAAGUUAGAAUGAUUAGGACAAGAAUUUUUUUAAUAAUUUGAAUUUUUGGUAAAAAAUAGAGAAAAUAUCCAUUAAAUUAUUUCUGAAGCUAUAUAGUGGAAUACAAUUUUUAGUGUGAGAUAUAGGAGGAGAAGAGAAAAGCAGAGUUCUGUGGUAUCAUUAUUAUUAUUAUUAUGACGACACCGAUGCUAUUAUUUUUGUUUUAAAUUCGAGUGACAUGGAAAGAAUCGAAGAAGCUAAAGACGAACUACAUAAAGCAGCGAAUAAUAGUAGCCUUAGAAACUCAACAUCCUUAUUCUUAUCCUCCCAGAUUGCAAUGUAA